ACAUCUGUGUAUGAGAUCUAGCAAGACAGGCUGGCCACUCAUAAAAGGAUAAAGACACCAGCUACUGACAUCAUACAGCUUUACUGCACCACCGGGAAACCGUCAAAUGAAACUUGAGACCUCUGUUCGAAAAUAUAUUUAGGUGUUCAACAAGAAGACUGAUGAGAAGAAGGGGACUCAUUGAGCAACUCACGAUCAGUGGACACCUUCCUGAGGACUUGGGUCUCAGUCUUCGAAGUAACAAAGACAAGACAAAACCUGGACUCAGGUGCUUCUAAGGCAAAGCAUCUUUUGACAGCUAGAGCCUUCUAAAGUUUCCUCAGCGAUCAUGGCCUCCACAGGUCUGCAGGUGCUGGGCUUGGUGUUAGCGGUGCUGGGUUGGGUGUGUGGGGCGCUGGUGUGUGCGGCUCCUCUGUGGCGAGUAUCAGCCUUCGUCGGCGGGGAGCUGGUGAUCGCCCAGGUGCUGUGGGAGGGACUGUGGAUGAACUGCUUGUCUCAGACCACAGGACAAAUCCAGUGCAAGACCUACGACUCCACUCUGGCCCUGCCCAUGUCUGCCCAAGUGGCCCGGGGCCUCACGGUCCUCUCCCUGCUCCUCUGCCUUCUGGCCCUCAUGUUGGGGGUGGCCGGGGCCAAGUGCACUCACUGCAUGGGCGACGGGAACCAGGCCUCCAAGGCUCGGCUGGCUGGGAUAGCAGGGGUGCUCUUCAUCGUGGCUGGCCUUGCCUACCUGAUACCCAUCUGCUGGACCGCCUACGCGAUCAUCAGGGACUUUUAUGACCCAAAUGUUGCAGCGCCUUUGAAAAGGGAGCUGGGGCCGGCGCUGUACCUGGGCUGGGGGGCCAGUGUGCUGCUCCUGGUGGGGGGAGCGCUGCUGCAUGUCGGCUCCUCUGCACCAGGAGGAAGAGCGCUGCCUGUUUUUGGAAGAGGAAAGGACAACGCUUCUUCAGCGGCUGCAAGCGAGGGGAAGCAACCGGAAAAAUCUUUUGUAUGAGGUAAUUUUAUCGGACGUGCGAAAUACGAACAGACUCCGAGGUCACGACCUCAUCAGAAGAGCAUCUGGAAAAUGCAAUGUCUUGAUCUAUUAAAGGAUGUGUUGUGUUUUAUAUUUUGAUAAAGAUGAGUUUGUUCCUUUAAGUCAUUUCAUUACAUCUUUGACAUGAUACACUACAGAGCAAAAGAUUUCCAACAGGGUUUACUUUAAGGGUUUUGUGUCAUAGAAAUGGUUGAAAUGGAUUGUGGGAGGACUUUAGAUGUUUACUAAUGCAUGUGACAUACAUUUCUCAGAUUCCACUCUGCCUCUGCUUGUGUUAGUGUGUGUGUGUGUGUGUGGGUGGUGUGUGUACAGAAGGCCAGUGUGCGUUGUGUAUCUGUGUAUGCUGGUGUUUUCACUGAGUGUAUGUGUGGGCAGCUGGGAGAUGCUUGUUUAUUUUUACACUUACAGACUUACACAAAAGUACGCCUUUAUUGUUGUUAACAUUUUUUUCCAUUGUGUUUCUGUGAUUUAUUGAUUUGAUCAUUUUACAGACUGCUUGAUUAUUAAUUCAGAAACAACAAUUUUUGCUAGUUGAGCUGAACAAAAAAAAAAUGUUUUUGCAUUCGUCUUCUGAUUGUAUUUGAAUAAUUCUGUCUUUCCUAACAAGUCGAUAAAUACAAUGAAUAAAAUAGGUGACUAACUUACCAGUAUGUUCGGAGGCUUACAGAAUGCAGAGAUAUAGUUAGUCGUAUGAUGCUUCAUCUGGCUAAGGCUACCUAACUUAAACAUAUUAUGCCAUAUACAUAAUGUUUAAGGGUGACAGUGCACCACUUAUGUUUUGUUUUUCUAAUAAAUGACUUUCUUUUGA